GGUUAGCUCACGAAAUAAUGCGCAAUAGUUGUCAGAUGAAAAAGUGUCAUUGUAGUAGAUGCAUCGUCGACAUUUAUGAGCUAAAUUUUACGGCGUAAUAUUCAUGAAAGCAAGUGAAAAAGAAUAAGUUGUGAAGAUUUUUAAAUUAAGUUUUUUUAUUCAUGUUAAUACUUUUUUGAAUAAAAAAUAACCAUGUCCUUCAAUUACAAGUUCUAUAAAACAGUUCAAACUCAGUGUUCUUCCUCAGUACCGGCUAGUAUUACAGUAGCUGAGCUUUAUUUGUCCAAAUCGGAAAAUAAUAGUCUAGGAAUUCUCGUAACGGCAGUUGAAGUAGGAUGUAAAGUUGAAAAUGAAAUUCCUAUACAGCUUGAACAGCCUGAUAAUUUUGGUCUGGUACGAUUACGUUAUAGAGGUCUGAAAUUUUAUGAUUAUUUCUGUGCUGAUUCUACUGUUCAAGUUAAAAAGAUGUUAUUAAAAAAAUCAACUAAUGGUCAUGAAGAUGUAUUCGAUAGUAAUUGGGAUAUUUUUAACAUAAAUAUAGAGAACGAAAAUAAUUGCUAUUAUUUAUUGGAUAAAGCAAUAGAAAAUCAAUAUACAGAUAUUCUAGCAAUACUAUUGGAAACUGAUAUGAAAAAUUCAUCACGACAGCUUGUAAUUCAUCCAUUUAAUGACUUUGGCACACUACUUCAUCAUGCAGUGAAAAGAAACGAUAGAUAUAUGAUUGAAGCUCUUCUUGAUCACAAGUUAGAUAUUGAAGCUAGAAAUAAGGAAGGUUUAACGCCACUUCAUGUUGCUGUUGACUUAGACAUGCCUAAUAUUGUGGAUCUGCUGAUAAAUCAUGGUGCAGAUGUAAAUGCUCUCACCGACAAAUUACAAGUACCGUUUCACUUUGCAGCGAGAAGAAAUAAUUCUCAAGUAUUAAUGAGUCUUGGUAAAAAAAGUGCAAAAAUUAACGAGACAGAUUUGUCUGGACAGAGUCCAUUGUUUUAUGCUGUUAUUGCAGGAAAUGUAGAAGCUGUUGAUUUUUUUUUUAAAAUCAAAGCAGAUUAUAAAAUUAAAGAUUCGCAUCACUGUACGCCAUUUCAGCUUGCUGUACAACAAAAAAAUUUGGAUCUCAUUGAAGUUUUUUUGGAAUAUGAUGCAGAUGUUGAUAUAUCAAAUGCAAUUUUUUAUCUCAGUGAAAAAUCAUUUCAUCAUGAACCUAAGGUUGUAUACAAAGAAACGUAUAUGAAGAUUAUUGAUGUUCUUUUGGAAAAAGGAGUUGAAAUAAAUCGUCGAGGUUUACAUGAACGCACUCCUCUUCAACAUGCUGUGAUUAAUGAUGAUGUUGAAUGUGUAAAAGCUUUAUUAACACGUAGAGCUAAUAUAAACAUUCUAACUAAUUCACGUAGUACUUUACUUCAUCUGGCUUGUCAGCACAGUGGAAAUGAAUGUAUUCAAAUCCUUUUGGAUAGAAAUAUUGAUAUUAACGCUGUUAAUAAAAAAAACAACACUGCACUUCAGCUAGCAGUUAUUAAUAAAAACUAUCGUGCUAUUGAGUUAAUAUUGAGUAAUUCUAAAAUUGAUAGAAGUAAUAUCCCCAGCAAAGAAAUAUUGGAGAGGGCAAUUGAAUCUCAGAAUUUGUCUAUUAUUGAAUUUUUAAACAAUAUAAAUGAUAGGGAUUUAAGAAGAGAAUUAAAAACGUAUCUACACUUAGCAGUGAAUUCAGCAGCUACCCCCAUUAUUAAAUUCAUUUUAGAAAAUGGAGGAGAUAUAAAUUUAAAAGAUGUAUCAGGGAAUGCUGCGCUACAUUUAGCAGCAUAUUCCGGAAAUUUAGGAAUUACUAAAUUACUUAUAGAAAAUAGAGCAAAUGUAAACCUACAAGAUGAAUCUGGUAAAACUGCUUUACAUAUUGCAAUAAAUUCAGUACAUUAUGAUCUUGCUCAAUUACUUCUAGAAAAUGGAGCAGAUGUAAACCUAGGAGAUGCAUCAGCAAAAACUGCCCUACAUCUAGCAAUAAAAUCAAAUUGUUUAGAUAUUAUCAAAUUACUCAUAGCAAACAGAGCAGAUGUAAACCGAAAAGAUGCAUCAGGAAAAACUGUUUUACAUUUAGCUGCAGAGUUAGGAUGUUUACCAGUAUUUGAAUUAAUUCUACAUUACACAGUAGAUGUAAACUUGCAAGAUGAAUCAGGAAACACUGCCUUACAUUUAGCAAUAAUAUCAGCAUCUAUACCUAUCAUUGAAUUUCUACUCGAGAAUCAAGCAGAUGUAAACCGAAAAGAUGAAUCAGGAAAAAUUGCUUUACAUUUAGCAGUAAAGCCAGAAUGUUUACCAGUAUUUGAAUUAAUUCUAUAUUACACAGUAAAUGUAAACUUGCAAGAUGAAUCAAGAAGAACUGCUCUACAUUUAGCAAUACAGUCAGAAUGUUUGCCUAUUAUUGAAUUACUUCUAUGCAAUGGAAUGGAUGUAAAUUUGAAGGAUGAAUUAGAGAAAACUGCUUUACACUUAGCAUCAGAAAAGCCUAACAUGACAGUAAAGAUCAUCAAAUCUAUUCUAAAUUUAACAAACGAUAUUGAUGCCAAAGACGUUUUAGGCAAGACAGCAGUUCAUUAUGCAGUUUUGAAUAAUAAUGUUGAUACUCUAAAAUGCCUUUUAGAAGCAUAUGCUGUUAUUAAUAUUGAAGAUUUUGAGGGAAAAACUCCUCUGCAUUCGACAAUUGCUUGGGAAAAUGACUAUGUACCAUCUUUUGAAUCCAUGAAAAUUCUCCUUGAUCAUAAGGCUAACAUCAAUUCAAUCGAUAAUGAUUUUACAAGUUUGCUACAUUUAGCUUGUUUUGUCAAAAAUACAGAAAUAAUUCAAUAUCUUAUCAGAAAAGGAGCCGAUUCUAACAUGAGAGAUAAGCAUGAUAGAACCGUAUUUCACUAUGCAUGUAUGACAAAUUUGAAUCGAGUUUCAUUACGUUAUGACAACCUAAAAGAAUAUGUUAAAAAUACUCUGAAUAUUCUUUUUGAAGAAGAUAUAUCUGUGAAUUGUGCUGAUGAAGAUGGUAAAACACCUUUACAUUAUGCCAUAGAAAAUAAUUUUUUGUUUAUGUGUGAACCUCUCUUAAAUGUUGGAGCUGAUAUCAAUAUUUUAAAUAAGAAUGGUAAUUCUCCAAUUGAUGGUUUACUUGUACAAGACGAUAAUUCCUCUCAGGAUUGUUUAAAGAAGGACAUAAUUAUGUUAUUCACACAACAUAUAAUUAAAAUGAAAGUGUUAGAGUUAUCCGUUCAUCCAAGCUUGUUAGAUAAAAUCUAUAAAGUAUAUAAUAAAAAGCAGUUGGAAUAUUUCAAAAGUUUUGAAAAUGAUUGUCGUGAAGAGAUUGAGUUAAUGAAGAAAACCAAAUUUCCUCAAAAUCACGCAACUUAUUAUAAUUUUUUGAGCGAAAAUCCUUGCACUGUAGUGAAUUUUACACUAAAUAAUUCUAUAGUUAAAGCUAUACAAUCAGAUGAACUUCAAACUAUGUUUCCUAUUUACUGUUAUUUUUUAAAAUGUCAUUUACGUGAAGCUCAAAGACAAAUUUUAUGUGGACAAAAUUAAAAACCAUUCAAAUUUAAAAAUUAUUGACAGUUAGAAGAUAUAAAGUAUACUUAAAGUUAUCUU